AUGUCGUCUAUGGAUUCUAGACUGAACAUGAUUGAAACGGAUUCCUGUCCUAAUUUUUCCUCGAACAGUACGGAUGCAUGUUCCUUAGAUUGUUUACCAUCGACAUCAUGGGGAAUGGAUUCCAAUGCUCACUUCUCGUGGAAUUUGUCGGACUCGAACAAAGGGCUUAAAGAAGAAAAAUUGAAGACUAAAUAUGUGACCCUGCUUGUGAAAAAUAUUCCUCCUCCAACUUUGAACAGUCCUUCUCCCUGGCAAUACUUGAAUUUUUCGGAACGAUUUGCGACGUUUCACCACUGGCCUAAAUAUUUAAGAGGUCCGGCGAAAAAGGAUUUGGCUCGAGCGGGUUUCAUUUACACGCGCAUCAGAGACAAAGUCACCUGUUUCUCCUGCAGAAUGACCCUAAAAAACUGGGAACCACAAGACGAUGCCUACAAUGAACACAUACGAUGGUCAAAGCAUUGUCCGUAUGCUAAGAUGGUAACAGAUGGAAAGUUGGCAAGAGGAUAG